AUGGUACUCAAGCUUUACGCCAACCUUAUUAGUCAACCCAGUCGUGCUACUGAGUGGAUUUUACGUCUUAAGAAACAAGAUCAUGAAUUUGUGGCUGUUGCUCUUGGUUCAUCCACGUUAAAGUCGCCUGAGUACUUGGCUCUUAAUCCCAAUGGCUUGGUCCCAGUCUUACAAGACGAUGACUUUAGUAUUUUUGAAGGGCAUGCAAUUAUGCAGUAUCUAGCUGAGAAGUUUGGCUGGACGGAUCUCUAUCCAACGGAUGUCAAAGUUCAUGCGAAGGUGAAUCAGUAUUUACACUGGCAUCACACGAACGUUCGUCUUAUUACUUCGAAAGUAUUAGUGCCGCUUUUUCACACAAAGCAGAAUUCGGCGACUCCAGAAGAGGCGAUUUUGAUCAAGGAAACACCAGCGCGAUUAACUAAACUAUCGGAGCUUAUGGAGAAGUUUUUGGUCAAGGACUUUGUGGCUGAGACUGACCAUGUUACGAUUGCCGACAUUUCUGCCUAUUGUGAACUUGUGCAGGUAGAACUUAUGGGGAUUUACGACUUUUCAAAACACCCGAAACUUGCGGCGUGGCUUAAGCGUAUGAAGUCGAUUCCAUUUCACGACGAGAUACACGAAGAUCUUAAUCAGUUUCUUACGACGCACGGACUGAAGACUAAGGCAGCUAAGUAG